AUGAACUUCCUCCGCGAAAGACUCCCUGCACCGAGGCAGAACCAGGCAGCUCGCCGAGCUCGCCAGCAAGGUGGUCCGGCCGUCGCAAACGAAACCUACCAGCCCUCUCGCAUUGCCCAACUGGCUCAAGAGUCGCCGGCAUGGUACAGAUCCGGGGCUCGGAGAAAGUUGUACUUCCUCCUUUUCCCCGCUGCCGUUGUCUCGUACGCCACCAGCGGUUACGACGGCUCGAUGAUGAACUCGCUCCAGACAGUGUCCUACUUCGAUGACUUCUUCGACAAUCCUCGCGGUGCUGUUCUCGGCUUGAUGAGCGCCAUCAUGGCUUUGGGCAGCAUCUGUUCAACACCCAUUGCCCCGUGGGUCGCUGACAGGUUUGGGCGACGAUGGGGUAUCACGGUGGGAAGUCUGAUCAUGAUUGCUGGAGCCAUCAUCCAGUGCGAGAGCACCGAGUUUGCCAUGUUUGUUGUUAGUAGAUUCAUCUUGGGCUUUGGACUGUCCUUUGCAACGACCUCGGCCCCUAGCUUGGUCAGCGAGUUAUCGCAUCCCAAAGAUCGUGUCACCAUCACGGCUAUAUGCAACACCUGCACUUGGUCGUGGAGAAUUCCCUCGCUUCUCCAGAUGGCACCAAGCGUGGUUCAACUCUCGGCUGUCUGGUUCCUACCUGAAUCUCCUCGAUGGCUCAUUUCCAAGGACCGCGAUCACGAUGCUCUUGAGGCUCUCAAGCGAUAUCAUGGCGAAGGGGAAGAGACGGAACUAGUUAGGCUCGAGUACGAGGAGAUCAGAACGGCCAUUGAUAAUGAGAAGACUAGGAUCAUGGACACUGUGGGAAUCAAGAACAAGAACACCCAGGCUCUCGUAAACGGACUCGUCAACAUUUGGAACUUCGGCCUUGCCCUCACAACCGCCUUCUUUGUGGAACGAGUCGGCCGACGACCGCUGUUCCGAAUCUCCACGAUCGGCAUGCUCACAGUCUUCAUCGGCUGGACUAUCGCUUCCGCCCGUUUUGCAGAGACGAACGCUAGCUCCGCCGGCAUCGCCGUUCUCGCUCUCAUCUUUGUGUACCAGAUCUUCUACUGCAUUGCAUUCUCGCCCUUGCCGGUCGCGUACUCCGUCGAAAUCUUACCGUUCUCCAUCCGUGCGAAGGGCAUGGCCACCUACGUGUUCUCGACCAAGGCUGCUGUGUUUGUGAACCAGUACGUCAACCCCAUCGGACUCCAGAACAUAGGCUGGCGCUUUUAUAUCGUCUAUGUUGUCAUCUUGGCGGUCGAGAGCUUCAUUGCGUACGGAUGGUUCCUCGAGACUAAGGGCAAGGCAUUGGAGGAGAUUGCGGUCAUCUUUGACGGUGAGCAGGCCAAUGUUCGACUCGACGAAGGGGGGAAGGGAGACGGUCCGGUUGAUGUUGAGGAGAGUGAGCACGCCACAACCAAGGUCUAA